AUGAACGCUGCAAGCACCAACGAGGGCUUAGGUGGUAGUGAGAAUACGAUUAUUGAGAUUGCGAAAGAUGGGAAUCUAGUAGUGAAAGUGAUCGAAUACGACCUCGUGCCCAGUUCUGAUACAACUACUAAAGCGUGCGGUCACCUGUGGAAACCGACAAAGUCUGCAUCGUUCCAAGUGAGCAAGCAGGUCUAA